CACUAUGUCUACAGUUAGCACCUUUAUUACCUCCCCGCUCAUUGACGAUGUUGUCGAAUUGCCAUAUUGCGACAAAGAACGUGUUGUUGGAUACCUACGGACACGCUUUCUGAACGAUAAGCUGUAUACCUGGGUGGGGCAGGUGUUGCUUUGUGUGCAACCCUAUAAAGAGGUGCCCUACGCACUGACUCAGUACCCAGAACCAUCAGUCGAAGCGGUGGUGGAUCGCGUAUGCUUUCGUCUUGCUAACCAAAUUGGUAAGCGGGACCAAGCUAUUGUCGUCUCAGGGGACAGUGGAUCGGGUAAAACAUACACGUCAUGUCUUGCAAUUCGAGCAAUUGCGCGAAUGGAACCACAUGAAAGCGAAGGCGACGCAGUUUUGAGGAAAGCAUGGGCAUCUGUUCCACUUUUGAGUGCUUUUGGUAAUGCUCACACGCAGAUGAAUCCAAACAGCAGUCGUUUUGGAAAACUCCUACGACUUCAGUACCUCGAAGGAAAGCUCACUGGUGCCCAGAUUGAAACGUAUUUAAUUGAAAAGUCACGUGUGGCUAGCGUCAAUAAGGAUGAAGGAAACUUUCAUAUAUUUCGUCAGAUGUUAGACAGUCUAGAUGAUGAUACCUUGAUGACUUUAUUUCUGUCUAAGGGGGAUAAUUAUCGCAUUGCGCCGAAUGUUCAAAUCAAAUCCGCAUAUGGCGAAUCCAUUAAAGCCAUGGAGACUUUGAAUAUCGUUGAACUCGAUCAUAUACAUACGAUUCUAGCUGCCAUUUUAAAUCUUGGCAAUGUGUUAUUUUUAGAGAAUACAAACCCAUGUCAUGGGGAUGGAUACGAAGUAGACUGUAUUAUCGUAGCGCCAUAUAGUCAGAAAUAUUUGAGUAACGCCUCGCGACUUUUGCAAGUCACUGAUAUCCAAUUGGCCGAAGUUUUGUGUAACUCACAGUUUGCGUCCAAUUGUAAUGACAGUGUCCUAAAAUCACCUUGUACGAACGUUCAAGAUUGCGAAGCGCGAAGAGAUUGUUUAAUGAGGCUUUUAUACGAACGACUUUUUUGUUGGCUGGUCAAUUCUAUAAAUUUUCAAUUGUUUCAAGGUGCCACUGAUGAACACAUUAAUAUUUUGGAUUUGUACGGUUUUGAAGUGUUUGAUCAUAACUCAUUUGAACAACUAUGUAUAAACUAUGCUAACGAAAGAAUGAUGCAUUACUUCAUCAAGAGUUAUUUGUUGCAUCAACGACAAGUAUUACUUGCGGAGGGUUAUCAGGUUGAAAAUACGGAUGACAUUGAUUAUACUGAUCGAAUAAAUUUGCUUGAUGGAUCCAUUUCAAUAUUUAGUAUUAUAAACGAAGAAUGUGCAAUGAAAAGAUUUAAAAGCAAUUUAUAUUUGAAUACUCGAUUGGGGCAAGCGUUUCGUCAAAAUAAGCACUUUUUUAUCAACGAUGAGUUGGAAACAUUUUUUAGCAUUCGUCACUAUGCAGGGGUCGUAAAAUACGAUACCACCUCAAUGAUUGCGAAAAAUAGGGACAAAGUGCCAUGUGAUAUUAUUCAAUUUUUGAAAUCUUCUAAAUUUUCAUUUAUACGACAUUUGCUGGAAAACGACAGCGAACAAGUGGGGAAUAGUAAACGAACAGUUUUGACUUACUUCAAGACUUCCUUUGAUAAAUUGAUUAAGAUCCUAGAGAAAUGUGAUGUUCAAUAUCUCAAAUGUUUGAAGCCAAAUAACUAUAAAAUUGCUGAUUUUUUCGAUCAAGACUUUUUUGCUAAACAAUUGCGGUGUAAUGGAGUAUUUGAAAUCAUGAAAUUGUCAUUCCAAAAUUAUCCAAUCAAGAUGGAUAUUGAUGUAUUUACACAAAGAAUUGGCUAUCCAUUACAUGACAUUGUUGCAAAGUCUCUGGGUCAAGAAAUGCAUAUUGGUAAGCAGAGUAUUUUUAUGACAGAAAAAUGUUUCACCCUAUGUCAACGCUUCGGGCAUAUUCGGAGGAAUCAAGCUAUAAGAACUCUUCAACAAAGUUGGAUUAAAUAUUUAAAUCGAAGACACAAAGCUGCGACAAUUAUUCAACACUACUUUCGGAAUUACCUGUCCGUUAGACAUCACGAUUUGAAUAAAUUUAAGAGCUCCUCUAGACAUAUCGCCCAUCCCGCGUGCGACAUAAAAGACUUUCAAAUCAUAACUACAUUCAAGAAGGUGCAACACUUUUUAACGACAAAUUGGGUUGAGAAGAAUAAUGAAGGAAUGCCACUUUCCUUACAACUAGAGCAAUCAUUUAACCAGAUGACAACUAAGAAAUUUAAAAGGAUACUUUUCUUCGGGGACCGCAUUGUCAGCUAUUCAAAACUAGCUGAGGUUCCGAUAAGAUUUCACUUGAAAAAAACAUGUAUUCGUUUCUCACAUUUGCUCCCUAAAACGGAACUGUCGAAUGGAUUAACAGAUAUCUUUUAAAUGUAUUUUCUUUUUGAACCGUAACACGAAACACAUAAAUAAAUGUUAUUCGUGUUGAA